GAAUAUUGGUUUGAGAGCUGCCAUUAAUUGUAAAACCAGCGUUGGGUUUUGUCAAUUUUCAAUUUUUCUGAAGCCCCGCAGCCUCAGGCUGGCUUUAUGGCAAAUGGGUCUCGCGUGGACAUUGCUUUCAACCUCCAAACGCGAGGAGUGACUCCUUCGUGCCUUUUUCUUUAAUGGGUAAUAUGAGUGGUUUUUUGUUUUGGUCCCUUCUGCCCCAUUGGCGUUAGGAUUUUGGAAUCUUCUAGGUGAGUUUGAGAGGCUGGAAAAUUGAAGAAAUCAUAAAUUGCUUCUUCUCCGAACAGCUGGUUGGUGUUAGGUCAAAUCUUGUAGGGGUUGAACUAAUUCGCUGUCCUGAUUUGUAUUCAUCUGGUUCUUGGUUCUGGGUGUUCAUGGUUUCUGGGUGUUGUAUUUUGGUGGAGUGGUUGGCCGGAGGAUCUGUUCACAUGAACUCGGAGAUGAAUUUGUGAAGGGAUUUGCCUGUUUCUUCUCUGUAUUGAUAGAUUCUAAGGGUUUCUUCCUCAAGUUUGACUGAUUUUGACUAGUUUAAACGAUACCCGUCUGUGUAGUGAGUUUUUUUCGUCAGAGAAAUCAGUCAACCAACUACAUUGCCGCUCGUUUUGGAAAUUUGAACUUUGGGUUUCUAGGGUUUUCUGCUAAUUUCGGUCUUGAACGAGAAAUCGAGUCGGGGCUUCAGUGUCUGCUUUCACAAGCCUUUUACUGGCACUACCAAGUGGAAAGAUGGCUUGCGUGAAGCUAGGAUCCAAAAGUGAUGCGUUCCAAAGGCAAGGACAGGCCUGGUUCUGCACUAGUGGACUCCCAAGUGACAUUAUUGUUGAAGUUGAAGAGAUGUCAUUCCAUCUACACAAGUUUCCUCUGCUAUCGAGAAGUGGGGCUAUGGAGAGAAUGAUUGCUGAAGCACCUGAAGAACAGGAGGAAGGAGCUGUAAUAAAUAUUCCUGACAUUCCUGGGGGUGCCAAAACAUUUGAACUGGUUGCGAAGUUCUGCUACGGGGUGAAACUUGAACUUACAGCCUCAAACGUUGUCUACCUCCGUUGUGCAGCUGAGCGUCUAGAAAUGACUGAGGAGUAUGGGGAGGGUAAUCUCAUUUCUCAGACUGAGGUAUUUCUGAAUCAAGUUGUCCUCAAAAGCUGGACGGACUCUCUGAUGGCACUACAGACCUGUGAUGAUAUUCUUCGCCAUGCUGAUGAACUCCAUAUAACUAAAAGAUGUAUUGAGUCACUUGCUGUUAGGGCAUCCACUGACCCAAGUUUGUUUGGUUGGCCAGUUAUAGAGCAUGGAGGACCGAUGCAAAGUCCUGGUGGCAGUGUUUUGUGGAAUGGCAUAAGUACAGGAGCCAGACCAAAAAAUUCAAGUCUGGAUUGGUGGUAUGAGGAUGCAGCAACCUUAAGCUUGCCUCUUUACAAGAGGCUAAUUACUGCCAUGGAAUCGCGUGGCAUCAAACAGGAAAUUGUUGCGGGAUCUGUUACUUCCUAUGCUAAAAGGUACAUUCCCGGUCUGAAUCGGCGUCAAGGUCCCAGUGAAUCUAGUAGUAGACUGGCACCAGUGGCUUUGGGAAACCCACCUUCAGAAGACGAACAAAAAAUUUUACUGGAAGAGAUUGAUCGGAUGCUUCCAAUGCAGAAGAGCCUAGUUCCAACUAAGUUGCUCUUUGGUUUGUUACGUACAUCCAUGAUUCUUCGAGUCAAUCCCUCUUGCAUCUCAAAUUUGGAGAGAAGGGUAGGUACGCAGCUUGAUCAAGCCACUUUAGAAGAUCUUCUGAUGCCCAAUUUCUCUUACUCCAUGGAGACACUUUACAAUGUUGACUGUGUCCAAAGGAUUCUUGAGCACUUCCUUGCAGUGGAUCAGAUCUCACAUGGGGGUGCCUCUCCAUGUUCAAUUGAUGACGAGCAGCUGAUAGGGUCACCCUCUUUGACACCAAUUACCAUGGUCGCAAAGCUGAUAGAUGGAUACCUUGCAGAAGUUGCUCCCGAUGUUAAUUUGAAGCUUCCUAAGUUUCAAGCUCUUGCUGCUGCAAUUCCCGACUAUGCUAGACCUUUGGAUGAUGGCCUUUAUCGUGCUAUAGAUAUAUAUCUGAAGUCGCACCCAUGGUUGGGAGAGUCCGAUCGAGAACAACUGUGUCGAUUGAUGGACUGCCAGAAGCUGUCUCUAGAAGCUUGUACCCAUGCUGCACAGAAUGAGAGGCUACCCCUUAGAAUUAUUGUUCAAGUACUCUUUUUUGAACAGCUUCAGCUCAGGACUUCAAUUGCUGGCUGUUUUCUGGUUUCAGAAAAUCUUGAUGGGUCCAGACAGUUGAGAAGUGGCAUUGUUGGUUCUAAUGAAGGAGGAGGUUGGGGAACAGCUGUCAGAGAGAAUCAGGUUCUGAAGGUGGGGAUGGAUAACAUGAGGAUGAGAGUGUCCGAGCUCGAGAAGGAGUGCUCGAACAUGAGGCAGGAGAUCGAGAAGCUGGGCCGAACAAAGGGUUCGAGCACAUGGGGAAGCGUGUCGAAGAAAUUCGGGUUCAAGUUGAAGUCUCAAAUGUGCAGUGCUCAAGAGGGUUCAGUGAGUAACCAAAAUAAUGGGAAUAGGAAAACAGAGAAGUUGAAGAACAGCCAGGGAAAGCAGAAGAACAGAGCUGCUUCAAUUUCAAAUGAGUAGAAACACCCUUUUACCACUUUGCUUAUUUAUUUGUUUCCCAAUGUGCUUAUUUGCUAGUGAUGUUGCUGCUUGUACUUUACAAAUCAAAAAUACAUAAGACAAGAGGUCCAUUGCUUGCCCCUUUGUUGCAUUUGUUUAUAUUAUUCAUUUUGUUAUAA